CGCUUCUACUGCGGCGGCCGCCUCAUGCUGGCCGGCCACGGCGGCGUCUUCGCGCUCACGCUGCUGCUCAUCCUCAGCACCACCGUCCUCUUCUUCUUCUUCGACUGUCCCUACCUGGCCAGCAGACUGACCCUGGCCAUCCCCAUCAUCGCUGCCAUCCUCUUCUUCUUCGUCAUGAGCUGCCUCCUGCAGACCAGUUUUACUGACCCUGGCAUCCUACCCCGGGCAACCAUCUGUGAAGCAGCUGCCCUGGAGAAGCAGAUUGACAACACAGGCAGCUCCACAUACCGACCGCCCCCUCGGACCCGGGAAGUGAUGAUCAACGGGCAGAUGGUGAAGCUGAAAUACUGCUUCACCUGUAAGAUGUUCCGGCCACCCAGGACCUCGCACUGCAGUGUCUGCGACAACUGUGUGGAACGGUUUGACCAUCACUGCCCCUGGGUGGGCAACUGUGUCGGGAGACGGAACUACCGCUUCUUUUAUGCGUUCAUCCUCUCCCUCUCCUUCCUGACAGCCUUCAUCUUCGCCUGCGUGGUCACCCACCUGACUCUGCGUUCUCAAGAAAGCGACUUCCUCUCCACUCUGAAACGGACACCAGCAAGUGUGCUGGAGUUGGUCAUCUGCUUCUUCUCCAUCUGGUCCAUCCUGGGCCUCUCAGGGUUCCACACUUACCUCGUCGCCUCCAACCUGACAACUAACGAAGACAUCAAAGGGUCUUGGUCCAGCAAGAGGGGCGGUGAGGCCUCUGUCAACCCCUACAGCCAUAAAAGUAUUGUCACCAACUGCUGUGCUGUGCUCUGUGGCCCCCUACCUCCCAGCCUGAUCGACCGGCGGGGAUUCGUGCAGUCUGACGCUGUGUUGCCCUCGCCCAUCAGAAGUGACGAGCCAGCCUGUGGGGCCAAGCCAGACGCCAGCAUGGUAGGAGGCCACCCCUGAAUGUGACUCAGUGCUUGCCACCUGCCGCCCUCCACGCCUGCCGGGACCCUCCCCAUACCAUCCGAGGGAAGCAGAGCUGCCAAAGACUCAAGUCUUUUCGUAUUUAUUUCCCAUCCUGCACAGCUUUCUCUGAACUGCCACGUAGCUGUGCCCUCUUGCUCCUCAAACCCAGGUUCCCACAGUUUGGGCCCUAGGUUCCUGAACUGAUCAGUGGCAGGAGAGGAGAGCCACAGCCUCUGGAGGCCACCAGAGAACCAUGCCAAGUCACUGCCUGUGCCCAGGGAGACCCAGUGUGAGUGAGGGUGUGAACUGAGUGGGCGACCUCCCAGCCGGAGGCAUGCUUGGACCCUGGGGAGCCGGGGCUUCUGGAAGCAGGACUGCUGAGCAGCUGGCCCUGAAGCACAGGUGGCAGGCCAGCACCUGCCCUUGGACUCCUAGUCUGGGGCUCCCGCAUUCCCUUUGAGAUGAGCAAGGCUAUUUUGGUGGUCUUUGGGGCGGGGGGUAUAUGGAAUUGGCCAGUAGGAUAGAGCUGGGGUACCAGUAGAGAGCAUGGGCAGGGGUGGGAGACAGCCUGUUGGAGGAAGCCAAACCAGCCAUCCAGGCCCCAGAACCUCAGCUCCUAUAGAGUUCUGGGCAGCACAGUAGGAAUGGGAAUGGGGACCCUGCCUUCCCCAACCCAUGGAGACUCUCAAGGAUCCUUUCCUGUGCCGCCACCCCCCCAGUCUCUUCCAAGUCAGAGCUAGAGAUGGGUGGGUUAGGUGAUGCUGGCAAUACUUGAAAUGGGUUUAUUAAUGCUGGGUAUUUUGCACAAUUUUAUAGACCUCUUUUUUACAUGGCCUUUUUUUAAAAAUAGAAGUUAAUGUGUUACUAUCUGUGUAGUGCCAAGUCAAGGAUUUUCAGAAGGCUAGGUGGUUUAAUAAAUGUUUUACAGCAGAUCUAGCUAUGAGUGUGUGUGUGUGUGUGUGUGUGUGUGUGUGUGUGGCCCCGCCUGUGUACAAAUACAGCUGACUUCCAUAUCCCUGGGCUCUUCCGUUUCUCUCUUGCCCUGUGUUCAGAAGCAGCCUGACGUGUAGGGGCUGGGAAGAUGGUGCAUUAAUCACAAGAGACCCCUGGGCUCCUGCUUUUCCCUUCUGCCAUAGCCUUCAGACAACCAGUGGCUAGGGACUCUGCCACCCAGCCCCUAGGUCAGGCUCCCAGCCGUAACCUGCCCCAACAGGCUGAGGCUAGGUGUGGUGGGUGGGGUGACCGGGUCUGGGGAGUGAGGAGCAGCUGCCAUUCUGCAAGCCACACCCCCAUCUUGGCUUUCUGCUCUGUAUAUGCCCCCCCCCAUGCUAGAGAGUAAGAGACAACACAUUUCUGCUAAUUAGGAAUGAAGGAAGAAGCAGAAAAGGCCAGGAGGCGUGUGGGUUGGCCAGGACCUCAUAGCACAUCGUCCUGCUGCUGGGAUCUGUAGUUUCUAAUCAAAAUAGAGACGUGUUCUUUUAGGACCCUCACUUUGGCCCUUCAGGUCAGGUGAGCUGAUCAUAGCAUAGAAAGUCAGUCCAACUUCACUUCCUUGCUCCUAAGGCCAGUGGGCCCAGACAGCUGGGGAGUGUGCUAGCCGGGAGAAACCGCUUCAGAGCCCUAGGCCAUCCUGCAGUGGCUCUGGGAGGUAGAUGAGGGGCUGGAGGAGGCUCCCUAACCUGCCUUUUAUUUAAGCCAGUAUUUGUUCCUGCUUGUAAUAAAACUUACGUUUUUAAGAGCUAA